AUGGCCCUCCCUGAUCUUGAGGUUUGGCAACUAGCUUUGUUCCAGGCACCUGUUGCGCAGCGUGAAGGCCUCAAGCAUCUUCGUGCUUCAGCAGGUGAGGCUCCUCGCCGGGCUAUGCUGAUGGCUCUGCCAGGAAUCGACUACUUGGAAGGGCACGAUAUUGACGAGAGGAUGAUGAAGUUUCUUCCCAAGAUGUGCAAAAAGAUGGAAGCCUAUGCGGGCCUUCAGUCAAAAGACGAAGCUCCUGAUAAGACAGUGUACAAGUUGAAUGCUCAUGUCCGCGCCUUUGAGAAGGCGGUGAAGAACAACGACAAGGCUGCAGCGCUUGAGGCAUUCAAGAGUUACCAGAACGACAUGCCACGAGGCCUGGCCCGUUUCGACAUCCACGACCCGAUGACAUUCGAGGGACCCAAGGAUGUGAAUGUGCCAAAAGCUGCGGCGGCUACCUAG